AUGGAGAAGUCCAAAAACUUCCGCAUAGACGCGCUCUUGGCCAUAGAUGGUCCUAAAGCGCAGACGUCUCCCCUGGCUCUGGUCACCUCCUCCUCCUCCUCCUCCUCCUCCUCCGUCUCCAUCCCGGCCUCCGAGCUCAGCAGCCCCGGCGAGGCUUUACGCACCGAGACGCCGUCCCCGCCGAGGAUCUCCAGCCACGGCCUGAUCCCCAAGCCGGGAUUCCUGGGUAGCGCGCACGGCCUGGUUGGAUUACACCCGCCCAGCAGCGCCGGCAUCCCCGCGCAGGCGCUGUACGGCCACCCCAUGUACACCUACUCUGCGGCGGCCGCCCUCACCGCGCAGCACCCGGCCCUGUCCUACUCGUCCUACCCGCACCACCACCACCAUCACCACCACCACCAGCAGCACCACGCCGGGGACCCCAUCAAGCUGACGGCCAGCACCUUCCAGCUGGACCACUGGCUGCGGGUGUCCACGGCCGGCAUGAUGCUGCCCAAAAUGUCGGACUUUAACACCCAGGCCCAGUCCAACCUGCUGGGCAAAUGUCGAAGGCCGAGGACGGCCUUCACCAGCCAGCAGCUGCUGGAGUUGGAGCACCAGUUCAAACUCAACAAAUAUCUUUCCAGGCCCAAACGCUUUGAGGUGGCCACCUCCCUCAUGCUCACAGAAACACAGGUGAAAAUCUGGUUCCAGAACCGGCGCAUGAAGUGGAAGCGGAGCAAGAAGGCCAAGGAACAAGCCUUGCAGGAGGCCGACAAGCAGAAGGGCAGCAAGAACAAGAGCGAGCAGGACGGAGACUUUGAGAGCAGCAAAAACGGAAGAAUUAAAGACUUGAAGGACAGCGACGAGGAUGAGGAAGCCGAGCGCUUCUUGUACAAUUCAUCGGACUGUUCCUCGGACGACGAGCGGAAUCGAACGUGCGGCCCCGAGAGGCGCCACCAGGAGGACUUUGCAUGAAUGCUUUGUUAA